CCCGGUGUGCGGUGCCCGGGACACGCUGCCCAGUGCCAGCCCCCCGCAUCCUCCGCCCACGGGUGGGGCCGGCAGGGGCGGAGCGGGGCGGGGCAGCUCCGGUGAGGCGGCGGCGGCUCCGCAGAGCGAGGUGGGGGUUUGGCCGUGCCGGGGGCACCGCGGAGCGGCGGCUCCAGCCCGGUCUGCGGGGCCGGGAGCUCCGGAGCGGCCGCAGCGCUCCCGCCCUCGCCGGCGGCACUGGGACCCGGCGAGGGGAAACACCGAGCCCCGUCCGGGGGGAACGACCGGCGCGUCCCGUCCGCGCCCGCGGAGACCCCGGGAGCGAAGGGCUCGUGUUCCUCUGCCCGGGGCCGGUCCGUGCCGGAGGCUGCCAUGUAUCCCAGGAUCAGGAACCUCGCCCUUUACACCUUCUCCAUCACGCUGCUCGCCUGCGUGUUUUACUUGAGGAAAGAGGCAAAGUUGGAGGAAUCGUCAGCGGACCAGAAAAUGGAUGUAGUGAGUCACAAACCGAAGUCUUUGGUUCUGGACAACGCUGAACCCACCAAGUGUUUGCCGAACUUGACCCUCGCCAAUUCCUCUCUCGCUCUCCCAGAGCUUCACCGCGUCUUCUUAACGUACAAGCACUGCCGGAGCUUCCCAGUCCUGCUGAAGCCUCCCAGGUGUAACAAAGAGCUGUUCCUCUUGCUGGCCAUCAAGUCUUCCCCGAUCAACGUGGACCAGAGAGUGGCAAUCAGGAACACGUGGGGAAAGGAGGUCUCUAUCAGGGGCAAGAACAUCAGGCUGGUGUUCCUUCUGGGGCGCUCAGAGGCCAAAAUCCAGGUGCCGCCCCUGCACCAGCUGCUGGCUUAUGAGAGCCAGGAGUUUGGUGACAUCUUGCAGUGGGAUUUCAUUGACAACUUCUUCAACUUGACCCUCAAGGAGCUGCAUUUCCUCCGCUGGUUCAUGGAGGACUGUCUGCACGCCAGGUUUGUGCUGAAGGGCGAUGAUGACGUGUUCGUCAACACUUACAACAUCAUUGAGUUCCUCCAAGAUUUUGACCCUGAACAGGAUCUCUUUGUUGGGGAUGUGAUUGCCAACGCCCGGCCCAUCAGGAACACCAAGGUCAAAUACUUUGUUCCAGAGGCCAUGUAUGGAGCCUCCUUCUAUCCUCGCUAUGCAGGAGGAGGGGGGUAUGUGAUGUCUAGAGAGACCGUGCGUCGCCUCCAGAGCACCGCAGAGGGCACGGAGCUCUUCCCGAUAGAUGAUGUGUUUGUGGGAAUGUGUCUGGCGAAGAUGUCCGUGACCCCAAAGAACCACCCUGGCUUUAAGACUUUUGGGAUCCAGAGACCUUUCAAUGCUUUUGAUCCGUGCUUGUACAAAGGGCUGAUGAUUGUGCACAAACUCAACCCCACGGAGAUGUGGAUCAUGUGGACGCUGGUGAGGGACGACAGCAUUCGGUGUGCGGUGUCAGUGGAAAAGAAGCUCCCGCUGAGCCCAGCGGGGUUGUGACUGGUGGCAGACACAGGGUACUAAACUAAAAAUCAGGUUGUGGUAGAACCGUGUCCGUUACUAACAGACUGCGCUGGAGCCGUCAGGGUUUGGUUUGCAGUGAGUCAUUUUCUGUCGGGGGGUUACAUGAAGCAGUUGAAUUGUCACAGGGUGGGGGUGGUGAGACACAGCACGGGGGACUUGGCUCAGCUCUUCCCAGCUGGAUGGGAGCCAGGGGAAGUCACAACUGCCGUGGGAAUGUGAGUGAGGGGUCACCUGCUAUGGAGGCUCCACAACACCGGUGUCUGACCGCCGGCCAAAUUCAGGCUCAUGUAGGGAGGCCAGUGAUGACUUAACGAGUGACAGAGACUUGAAAUUACUUGAAGGGGUGGAAGAAAGGCCAGUGUGUGCUGCUUGGUCCACUGUCCAGGGCAGCAAUCCCACAGCUUCUGCUGGACAGCAGGAGAAAGGGAGUGGAGUGGGUAAGAAAAAUCUUCAAAAAUGUAUUGCCUUAACACAGCAAUGAUGAUGAUCCAAGGGACUGGGCUCUGACUCAAGCCUUUUGGUCAUUAUAGGUUUACUUGCACUGGAAACUUUUGCACAAAGACUUUCUGAUCAGGUGUGAGAGGAGCAAUGUAUCUUGAAUAAUCACAGUGGUAGGAAGAGUGGCUGUAGUGUCUCAUGUUGUGUGGGAGGUGUUUGGUUUUUUGUUGUUGUAAAGGUGGGUACAAAUAAAAUACAGUUUUGAAAAGUG